AGGAGAUGAGAGAGGGUAAGAGAGAGGAGGAGGAGGUGGGGAGAGUGUGCUCUUAUUCUAGAAGGUUUGCGCCGUGCGGUUGUUUGUGUGCGGAGCGCGCCGUGCUGGCUUCGCCGUGCCAGUGCAGUGCCGGAGAGGAGGAAGCGAGGCGAUGAUGGAGCCAGUGGGAUGAUCCAUCCAUGGCAUCCUCCACAACCCCCCCACGUCCUCUCUCCUCCUCCUCCUCCCAAUGAGAGACUGAGAGAGAGAGAGAGAGCCUCUCCCGCAUAAAGAGGCAAUUGUGACCGGCGGCUUCUGUCCCAACAACGCUCUCGCUUGCUCCUGCUCUCGCUCUCUUGUGUGUGUGUGUGGGGGGUUUUGUAAUAAUAAUAUGGGGAAAAAAUAGCUUGGCAGUUAUUUAUUUAUUUAAUCCGCUAACCCCCCCCCCGCCAACCCCCCCCCCCUACCGCCUCGACCAUCUCUCGACGCAAGAAGAAGCGUCCAGCAGCAUUCAUCACACAAUGGCUAUCGGGCAAGAGUCUGGGGUGGAGGAGGAAGAUGACUCUGUGGAUGGGAUCCAGCCUGGCCCAGCCCAGGCCCAGGCUUUGUCUCAACAAGGCCAAGCCCAGGCUCAGGCUCAAGGCCAGGCCCAAGGCCAGGCACAGGCUCAAGUCCAAGCCCCGGGGCCUCUGCCACCCCCAAAACCACACUCCCGUGUGCCCACGGCCAAGAGAGCCCCCGGCCUGCCGGUGCUCCUCGCCCAGAGGCCGACGCCGCCACCCAUCCCAGCCAAACCAGCCUCCCUAGCAGCCGCAUGUGGACCUGCAAGGGAAGGAGCUGGCAGUGUGGAUCAUGAGGACUUCAUUCGUGGAUUUGAAGAUGUGCCCGUGGUGCAGAUCUACUCAAGUCGUGAUCUGGAAGACAGCCUCAACAUAAUCCGCGGCACCCUUUCAGACGACAAGCACGACUGGGAGAAACGCAUCGCGGCACUGAAGAAACUGCGAUCCCUCGUGAUUGCAGGGGCACCUGAAUAUGAUUGCUUCUUUCAGCACCUGCGUCUGCUGGACAGCGCAUUUAAGCUCUCUGCCAAAGACUUGAGGUCUCAGGUGGUGCGGGAGGCCUGCAUCACGCUCGGGCACCUGGCCACGGUGCUGAGGAACAAGUUUGACCAUGCAGCCGAGGCCAUAAUUCCGACUUUGUUCAACCUGGUUCCCAACUGCGCCAGGGUUAUUGCCACCUCUGGAGUGGCUGCUAUUCGUCUCAUCAUUCGGCACACGCACGUGCCUCGGCUUAUCCCGCUCAUUACUGGAAACUGCACCUCCAAGUCAGUUGCAGUCCGCAGGCGAUGUUAUGAGUUUCUAAACCUCCUGCUACAUGAGUGGCAGUCGCACAUCCUGGAGAGGCAUGUUGCGGUUCUGGUGGAAACGAUUAAGAAAGGCAUCCCUGAUGCAGAUGCUGAAGCCAGAGUGGAAGCUAGGAGGGCCUACUGGGGACUGUACAGUCACUUUCCAGCGGAGGCCGAGGCCCUACACGCGACGCUGGCAUUCAGCUACCAGAAGGCUCUCCUGAGCGAGCACGGCGGUGGGGCGAGCUCUCUCAACCGCUCCGACCACUCCACCUCAUCAUCGCAGGAGAGCCUCAACCGAGCGCCACCUGCCAAGAGCUCCGUGACUCCUAAAAUCAAAGGAGUCGUGUCCCGGGCCUACUGCAGAUCGACGCCGCUGCCUCCUCCUCUCCCCGUGACGCUGCAGCGCUCGCGCAGCGACGUGGACGUCAACGCGGCCGCUGGGGCCAAAAGCCGCGCAAGCGGCGGGAACACGACGAGGCUGACCGUGGCCGCGAGCCUCGCCCCGGGCUCCACCGCUUCGCUCGCGGACAACACGGAGGAUGAUCCUGGAGGUCACGCGCGCUCGCGUUACACGGCACCGGAGAGCUUCUUUGGAAUCUCGAGUGGUGGAGGAGGAGGAGGCACGGUAGCCGCUUUAAGCGAAGUCAAAGACCGCAGCCGCUCCAAGGGAUCGCAGUCCCAGCUCGGUGCAACAGCUGGAAGCAGGUCUGGUUCCCCGGGGAAGACACUGAGCGUGGCGCCAUCCUCCUACGGCUGCCUGAGUCUAUCGCCAUCGAGCGGCGCUCCCCUCGCCGUAUCUCCCACGCAGUACAAGGCCAGCCGCGUGCCACGCAGCCAGGGCUGCAGCCGUGAGACGAGCCCCACUCGCCUCUCGCUCGCGCGGUGCGGCGGCGGCGGUGGUGGCGGUGGUGGUGGCGGCGGUAGCGGCAGUCGAAUCCCGCGGCCGAGCGUGAGCCAGGGCUGCAGCCGGGACAGCAGCCGGGACACGAGCCCAGCCCGCGGCCUGCCCUCGCUCGCCCCACGCCACCACUCCAAGUCGACGAGCGCGCUCGCCGCCGCUGAGACUUAUCUCUGCGCAGAGCGGUUUGGCUUCGUGCCGCCCGCUAGGCUCCUGGGACUGGACGUGGAGGCCGCCGUCGCCAGUUCUCUCUACCUCUUGAGGAGCCAGAACAGUAAGGGCACGAGUUCGGACGAUGAGGGGGACGGCGAUCUGUCGAGCGCUGGCUCGGAGCCUUCGGGCUGCAGCUCGCGCGACAUGCCCCCCUGCCAGCGUGCGCGCCCGCCCGAGAGCGUGGCGGCGCUGCUCAGCCACUGCUCCAGUGCCGACUGGGUGGAGCGCAAGGACGGGCUGCGUGGCCUGCGUGCGCUGCUCGCCUCGCGACGACCCCUCAGCCAAGCAGAGCUUAGACGGCUGUGCGACACUUUCACCAGAAUGUUUGCAGACCCACAUGGCAAGGUGUUCUGCGUGUUUCUGGACACGCUGGUGGACUUCGUGGCGCAGUGCCACAGCGAGUUGCACCACUGGCUUUACGUACUGCUCACACAGCUGCUGUCACGUGCGUGUGCCAGCCUCCUGGGCUCCGUGCAGGCCAAAGUGCAACGAGGUCUUGACAUCACCAGAGAUUGCUUUCCGUUCGACCAGCAAUUCAACAUCAUCAUGAAGUGCAUCGUGGAUCAGAGCCAAACAGCCAAGAUGAAGUUGGCGACGAUGCGGUACCUGGAAGGGCUUGCGCGGCGCAUGGACUCGGAGCACUUUGCCAACUCGAGUGAGACGCGGCACGCCGUGUCCCGCGUCAUCACCUGGUCAACGGAGGCCAAGAGCUCGAGCGAAACACGGAAGGUGGCACAGGCGGUGCUCAUCGCUCUCUUUGAGCUCAACACGGCCGAGUUCACCAUGCUGCUCGGAGCGCUGCCCCGGACCUUCCAGGAGGGAGCAACGCGCCUCCUACACUCGCACCUGCACGCGCUGGGCGCGAGUGGAGCUGGCGGCGUGCUCACCGUGGUGAACCUUAACCCCGCGCUGGCAUUGGCUAGCCCGACCUCAUCACCCACCGUGUCCUCGCAUGGCACCUUCUCGCCCAGAUUGAUGCCGGAUCUGGAGGCGGAGUCGGCGCCACGGGAAGAUGACGAGUCGGCGCUGCGCAGCGUUGCCGAAGCUGCCUGUCAGCUCAGCUACCACGUCCUUGAGCCAGCGAGCCGGCUGCCGUGCAAGGAGAGCGACGCUGCAUCUCGUGACAACGGCCUCGCCGCCUCCCUCACGGACGUGCGGGGGCCCUGCUCAGCCGAUCGUGCCGACAGUCCGUCCCUCGUAGCGGCCCAGCCGAGAGUGGCACCUGUGGUGGCGGCUGCGGCAACUACGAGAGGGACGGCGACGAGCGGAACCGCCACCGCACCGCCCACGCAGGACGACGCCACCGCCAACGCCGUCAACACCACCGCCAGCGCCGCUUCCAGCGCUACCAGCAUCGCCACAGCUACGGGCACCGUGAACGGCGCGUCGCCGCGCGAUCACGCGCGCACGACGUGCGCCACCGAGCCCGGGGACGUGGCAGACGGGAGCGCUGCGCUGCCCGACAUCCUUCGGGAGUUGUCGAGUGGGGCGGAAGGUGGCGAGCGGCAAGGCGAGCGGAUGCGCGCCGCACUGCAGGACCUGUGGAGGCUGGCACACGAUGGCUGGCUCACUGACAGCGGGUCCACGCCACUGCUGCUGACGCUCACCGAUGCCGUCGCGGAUCCUGAUCACACAGUGCGCAUGCUCGCGCUGCACGUGCUGCGGGAGAUGGCGCUGAACCGGCCCGAGUCCUUCGCAAGCCAUGUGGAGGUCGCCGUGAUCCGGACUCUGGAGGCCCACCGUGACCCCCACAAGGAGGUGGUGCACGCGGCGGAGGAGGCCGCGGCGGCCCUCGCGUCGGCGCUUCCGCCCGAGCCGUGCCUGCGGCUGCUGUGGCCAUUCGUGCAGACGGCCACCUACCCCGGCAACCUAGCCGCCAUCAAGAUGCAGACCAAGGUGGUGGAGCGGCUCCCACAGGACGUGCUGCUGUCUCUGCUGCCCGAUGUUGUGCCGGGCCUCGUGCAGGGCUACGACAACGCCGAGACGAGCGUGCGCAAGGCGAGCGUGUUCUGCCUCGUGGCGAUCUACACGGUGAUUGGAGACGAGCUCACCCCACACCUGGCGCUGCUGUCCAGCAGUAAGAUGAAGCUGCUGAAUCUGUACAUUAAGCGAGCCCAGGCAGGCUCCAGUGGAGAGAGCACAGCCGAUAUGCCGGGCCAGAGCUGAGCGCGUCAUCGCCGCCACCAUCACAAACCACCGCCACCGCAAGACGCGGUGCUCUGUACAGCCGGGGGAACGGCACCUGGCAUGCAACUCCCCGCUUCGUGCAACACACUCCCCGCUGUCCGCCCACCUUCUCUGCUUGAAUGACGGUGCUUUCGUGCCCACUUGGGUCCGCACCGUUACCGCGAGUGUACUCGGAUAGCCAGGGAUUAAUUUCUCACUGCAUAUUUUCUUGGUCGCCAGUAGUCUGGAGUAGGUGGCACAUUGACAAUGGUCACGGCCACAGUGACAGGUUUGCUGGAUGUGGCGUGCCCGGUGUAGAAUCUUUUCUGAGUCACCAACCUGGACAGACCCCGCUGAAGUCAGAAUCAGAAUCUUUAUUUAGACCGUUAAGCGCUGUGUAUAACCAUCCUUGUGGCUUUUGGCUGGCAGCGGCGCAGUAAGUGAUAGUCACAGCUAUAGUGGGAGGUAUAAUGGAUGCGGUGCGCUGGGUCGGGAAGUACUUUCGUGUCAUUGAGCCAGUGGCCAGGCUCGGAUGAAUUAGCUCUGUGUGUGUGGCUAUCCAUGUAGCAGUGGCACAGCUGUGUGGAACGCAGAGAGAAUGACUGCAUGUUGUGCUGGUGAGCAGGAGCUGGUCCACCCCCUUUGAAGUGUCAUGCCUGAGUGGGUUGUGGAGAGCAUUGGGGUCAGGUGUCGUGAAAUGCAACUGUCAUGUGUUGCUCCAUCAGCACACGAUUGGAAAAGUAAAUUGGUCAGUGUCCAAGAUCUUCAUUAAUAUUUGUAUUUUGUUCGAUUAUUCUCAGCACAAUACAUAGUUUAACUCAUAUCUGAGCCGCUGUCACGGUCGUUAUUUAAAUGAUCACUUUUUUUCUCCAAAUGUCACAAUGCACAGCAUUUAGUAUAAUGCCACUGUAUAGUGGAGCAAACCAUGCCCGCGUUAAUUUAAUAUAACAUAGGCUCGCACUUUGUCAUUCACACCAACUCGUUUGUUAUAUCUGAUCUAAAAUCCACCUGAGUGCUGUAAGUGUAAUGUAAGAGAAAUUGCUGCCCACUUAGUGAACACAUCUCUGGGUUAUUUGGAAUGCUGGCCGUUGGAAUUGUCCGUUAAUGUAGGAGGUUGCCGGUGCGUAGUAUUUAAUCUUAGUCCGAGUCACGUGAAUUGACACGUCUGUGCAUUUGUAGCGCUUUACCACCUUUUGCCAUCUUCGAGCCAUGCUGCGCUGCAUGCGCUGUGUUUGGCGUCUGUGCGUGCACAACGCGUACUAACACAGAGGCUAGGCAGCGCACUCGGGUAGCCGUGUGUACUGUGUCGUGCCAUCCGUUCAUACCACUGAGGCACCUGGUGGACGACUCUUGCCAAGGUAGCAUGGGCUCAUAGCACAUCGAUAUGUUUAGGGACGAUGGUGAAUGUUGUAAAAUGCAUGCUGCCACAAUAACUAUCGGGAGAUGCAGUCAUCGCUCAGUCGUGUGUGCUCUUCAAACGGAAUCCCUGUUUGAAUACGUUUGCGAAGAUAUUUUUCACGUAAGGUUUUCAAAAAGCACCACGAAGAUUGCCCGCCGAUAAUUACACUCACUCAUUUUGAGAAUAGCAGCAUCUGCUGGAUAUUAUUUUCUAGCUUAGAAAGUGGAGAGGGAUUAGGUCGUGGUAUUUAUUGGGUUGCAGUCACAGACAUGGAUUUCAUAGUGGUAGGAGGGGCUCAAUACAAGACUGUAUCCACUUCAUCUUCCUGGCAUUUUUCCCCAAUUCAUGUAGGCUCUGCCUCACUGCUCCUCUUUCUCCACUCGGUCCUGUCCUGGGUUAUCCUCUCCACGUCCUCCACAGUCCUUCACAUCCUGAUUCACCACUUGGAGCCACCGCUCUCUAGGCCUACCGAUCAGUCUCUGCCCUGUUUAUCACCUUUCUUCCGAUGUGAUUUCGCUCUCUUCUUACGACAUGUCGUAGCCACCCGAGUCAACUAUCUUUCAGACGCAGUGCUCUAUCUGCAUACUUAUUCAUAGUCACAAUGCUGUUAAGUACGGACAUUGAUCAGUCCCAUGGCUAAUUUCAGAAGUGGCAGCACAUACCUGUAAUCUGGCGACUUGGAGGCACCUCGCAAACAAAAGCUGCCUGUUGGAUAAUACAGCAAGUAAGUUUCAUACCGAACUGUGUUAAAUUUGUUAGUCAUUUUUACGCGUGGGGUUUUUCCACUACUGCUGUUUUCUCACACAUGCAACAAUAACUAAAAAAUAAAUCGAAUAGGUCAGGCAGCCAAAGCAGGUGGAAAAAAUGUUCAGACUCAGUGAGGCAUUCCUAGAUAAACAGAGAAUUUACCGUACUUUAUUAAAACCAAUAUUGCGCCAAAACAGGAGCAUUAACAUUCUUGUUUUUUUUUGUUCAUGCGCCACCCUCCUUUAAUAACAAUGAGCCGCGCAAACUAAGGUCGUCACACAGCAGUCUGAAGUGGGGGGGGGGGGGGGGGAUGUGUCUGGCUUCGCAUCACCGUGGCACUGCCCGCCUCGAUCAUUCGCUGACAGCUUUUCAGAUAUCCACCAGAAUACUCCUGAAGCCAUCCCCCGGCUCACUCACCAACCUUCACCGUGAACAUAUCAACGCCAUCGAUCAACUCCCCACCAUAAAAAAGGAGAAAACUAAAGGACCCUCCAUCGUAGCCCAUCAGCCAACUCCCUCCACAUUUCACCUCUCCAUCGCAACCAUAAAUCAACAAAACAUAGCGUUAGAACUGAAGCGUAAUUAAAGUGGAGGCGAUGCCUCGGUAAAAUCGAGUCGGUAGUUAGUGUCCAAAUGGCAAUCCUGCGGGAGCUUCCGACUGACGCAGACUCGCUACUGAUGAACAAUCGCGGCAACAAGAUUGCGUGUGUAGCACUGCUGGCAGCUCUCCAGUUUCCUGCCACAAGUUGUAGUUUGACAUGACGCGGCUUGUGUGGUGUCGCAAGUUAGAGUAGCUCGUUUGUUAUUUAUAAUUGACGCGGGUUCUUGUCAAUGUAAAAGAAAAACGGUGUGCGUGUGUUUUUUAUGUUCGUAAAAAAAAAAUUUCUUAACUGGGCAACGCAGGAAAAUACGACAAAAAAAUUGUACCACGUUUAAAACGUCGUGCGACACCGGCUGAUGUCGCUGGCUGACUGGCGUGUCAUGCCUGGUUUCAGGUCGCUAAUUUGAGAACUUUAAUUUAUAAUAAAAUCACAACUCACUUUUGUAAAUGUUCUCUUUUUAGUGGGUGGACAGAUUAUAGGAAAACACGUUUUAUGUAUUAAAACAUUAAUUCAAACUUUAUAUAUAAUGCUAUUAAUUAGGAGUAGAGUAUACAGAUUUAUAGAUAUAUUAAUUAAUCCCUUAUCCCAUAUACUAGAUAUAUCUGCUAAUGUAGUGAAGACAUGUUAUGGGCAACAGGGUUAUCAUUGGGGAGGCAAACACCUCUACAGUUUUGCUCACGAUGUUGCCCAGGGCUUAAUCUUUCACGCAAUAUAUUGCCACAGUUUGCUAAAUUCCUGGGAGGUGGCACGUGACUAAUAACCACAGCCAUAACGAGAGCUACUGUGGAUGUGGUGUGCUGCGUGCAGGAAAAUUUUCCGAGUAGAUGACCCGCACAGACCUGGCUGAAAUUAAGCUCUGGUGUUGCUUUGUUUUUUCACUGGUUUACAAUGAACAUUGCAUCAUCUGAGAAAAGAUUUAAAAAAAUGUAUUUGUCCUAGACAAUUGGCAGAUAUAUAAAGUAUGUACAUUGCAAAGUUGCACCCUGUAUUGAGUGGCAGCUGUUAUCACAGAGUAUAUUGCUGUAGGUGGUGGGUUUGCAUGGAGGAGAUAAUAUAUAUCGAGUUAUUCUCUGAUGGAUAUUUAAUUGAGAUGUAUUUCCUUAAAUGUGUUUAAUAAACUGUACAGAUAUUAAAAAGGUA